AUGUCGAACCUAUCGCCAAACGACCCGCUGUACGAGCCCCCACAGACGGAGGAGUCGGCCAAAUUGACGCCGCAGGAACAGAAACUGUACAAGCUGUACGGCCGUUUGCCCAAAAAGUCGGAGGUGCUGCAAAGUAAGCUAAAAGACAGAAAGUUUUUCGACAGCGGAGACUACGCCAUGUCGAAAGCCACGGGACACAAAGAGCAGGUUGGAUCGAUAAACCCGCUGAAAUUGCCAAAUAUCGAGAACGUUGCGAGGAUCAACAGGAACUCCAUUUCUGGGGUAAGUGCGACGGGGCUUUUGAGUGCCAACCAGCACAAGUCCAAUCUGGAGAACGAGCGGAAAGACGUGUCUGAGGAGGCGGUGGAGGACGAGUAG